AUGGCAUUCAAGCAACCUGUCUCUAAAGAGUGUGGGGUUGCUAUUAAUUAUGUGGCAUCUUAUGAGCUGCACAUCAGCGAUGCUUAUUUAUGUAUGGCCUGUUGUUAUAUUGAUGACGCAAGAGAACCUAUUUUUUCUGGAUUCUUUGAAGACCAAGCUGAGGUGAAAAGAGAACAUGGAAAGCAAUUCCUAAGAUACCUAGUAGGAUGUGGGAAUACCAUCUGCCUACCAGUGAUUAAGCGGCCUGAGGUAGAUAACUGGCAAACCGGCAUAAAAGCUCUGGAGUAUGCUCUGCAAUUGGAGAACCAGUUAAGCCAGCUCCCGAUGGACCUGAGGGUCACAGCUGCUGCCAACAAUGACAGUAAUCUCUUGAGCUUCAUGAAAAGGUUCCUGGAUAAACAGAGGAAGGACACAAACCACCUGCAACGCCAGAUUGUAUAA